AUGGCAUCAAGCACUAUCAAAGAAACUGCUAGCGAUGCAGCUGCCUCAGCCAUGGAACGCCCUACUGACUUCCUGCACCACCCAUUCACCCGCGCAGCCCUGCCCUUUAUCAACGGCGGUCUAGCCGGCAUGACAGCCACCGCAGUGAUCCAGCCAGUGGACAUGGUAAAGGUGCGCCUGCAACUCGCCGGCGAAGGAGCCCGCACCGGACCCCGACCCUCAGCCCUGGGCAUAACGCGCGACAUUAUCGCUUCCGGCAAAGCCCUGGAUCUAUACACCGGCAUCUCAGCCGGCCUCCUCCGCCAGGCUGUCUACACAACCGCUCGCCUAGGAUUCUUCGACACAUUCAUCACACGCCUCAACGGCCGCGCUGAAGCAGCAAACCGCAAAGUCACCUUCGCAGAGCGCGCCGCCGCAGGGCUGAGUGCCGGCGGUAUCGCCGCGAUGAUUGGAAACCCGGCCGACUUGGCCCUCGUGCGCAUGCAGUCGGACGGCCUCAAGCCCCCCGAAGCUCGGGCAAACUACCGCUCCGUUUUCGACGCUUUGUUCCGUAUCACCCGCGGCGAGGGAAUCGGGGCGUUGUGGGCUGGUGCGUUCCCGACGGUUGUGCGGGCCAUGGCACUUAACAUGGGUCAGUUGACCUUCUUUGCCGAGGCCAAGCAGCAGCUCAAGCAGCAUACGGCGUUGUCUGCGCAGAAUCAGACGUUCGCGGCUUCGGCUAUUGCCGGGUUCUUUGCUAGUUUCUUGUCGUUGCCUUUUGAUUUCAUCAAGACUCGUUUGCAGAAGCAGCAGAAAGACCCGGCGACUGGGAAGUUCCCUUACAAGGGGUUGGUGGAUUGUGCGCGCAAGGUUAUUGCGGAGGAGGGUUGGUUGCGCUUCUACCGGGGCUUCGGAACUUACUACGUUCGGAUCGCUCCUCAUGCAAUGGUGACUCUCAUCGUGGCCGAUUAUCUAAACAUCAUCACCAAGUAA